AUGAGCUCGCAAAAACUACCACGUGUCUUCAAGGAUUCUUCGCUGGGUCAUGUUCAAGUCGACAGUGUUUUUGCUCACUUUGAAGCUUGUAUUCGCUUGCAAUCCUGGUGUAGGAUGCGUUCAAUGGACAUCCUGUUUAUUAUACUGGUAGCGCUGACGGAAGCCUUUGCAUCUCCCGACAACGAGGAUCGACUUUCCAGAAGCUCGAUCCUACCUUCUAGUCUCUCUUCUCUUAACCGCUCUAACACAGUACAAUAUGGAUAUUGCGAAAGCGAAUGGACCUACUUCAGUGAGACGGACGCUUGUUAUAAGAAUUUCUUUUCGGCAACCUUUCACGAAGCUGAGAGCCUAUGUAGAAACCUCAACGGACAUUUGACUUCAAUUCACAGCCGUAAUGAAAAUUCUUUCGUAGCCGCGUUGUCAAAGAUGGGUAUGAGAAUAAGUACCAAUAAGCAGGGAAUUUGGAUAGGCCUGGUACGAUCUGAUUAUUUGAACAGCAAUCGGAAAGAUAACUGGAUGUGGACUGACGGCACGGAGGUUGACUUUUUCGCCUGGGGAUCGGGUGCUCCAAAUAACUACGGAGGCAUAGAAAACUGCGUGUCGAUGAUGCCUGAUGCUUUCGAAGAGAAAUAUCAUCUAGAUUCGUGGUACCAGAGAUGGGACGACCAAUCCUGUGCCGUUAAUUUGAGAUCGUUUGUAUGCAAGAAGAUGGCUUUGCACUGUACAUAACAACAGAAGUGCAUUUGAUUUUGUAAACGGCAGCCUUCACAACAUCUCUUAAACCCUCAGCUUCUGAAACAAUAAAAUAUUCACUGUG